GCUCUCUUUACGGCGUUGGCAGUUGCAGGCUGUGUUCUAGAAAAAGAACGCUGUAACAGAGCAUUUCGAAAAUUUUAUCCUGCUUGCCAGGGCCCUUUUUCGCAAGCAGCAGCCGCGGCCCCUAGUGGUCGUUGGGUUUAUAAGCAGGUCUCACCAUUUCUAACGCUCUUGGCAAGUGGACCGCCGUCGACGCUGGUUCUGGAAAGGAAAAGAACAAUGACGUUCCUUUUAAUUGCCGUGGUCGCACUUCUUCUGGAUGUAGGGUUCGGUCGGUUAGCAACUGUUUCCCUCGGUGAUGGGAGCGCCAAUGUAACAUUGCCUGGUGUUGCGGGGAGCUGGGGUGGUGGCACCUAUGGCCUCGGGGGGCAAGGUGCAUCAUGGACACUUGGAAGUUCAGGUGGGAAUGGUGUAUCAUGGUCCGGAGGUGGGGGAAUGGGAGGAUUAGGAGCCAGUGGUACAGGUGGAAGCUCUGGAGGUGCCGGAGGAUUAUCAUCUACAUUUGGCUCUUCAGGAGCCGGUGGUGCAGGUGGAAGCUUAGGAGGUGCCGGAGGAUUGUUAUCUACAUAUGGCUCUUCGGGGUCUUCAGCAGGGACCGGUGGGGGAAUAUCAUCGGGUGGCUUGGGAAGUGGUGGUGGUUCUUACGGUGGUGGCCUAGGUGGUGUCUCGAGUAGCGGCUUGGGCAGUGCCUUUGGAAGCAGCUUGGGCAGUACCUUGGGCGGAGCCGCGGGCAGUCGCUUAGGCACUGGCAUGAGCACUGGCAUAGGCAGUGCCGUGGGCGGUGCCGUGGGCGGUGCCGUCGGUAGUGCCUUGGGUGGUGCCAUAGCCAGCAACGGGGGAGGCAUGUCAGCUAAUUGGCCGAGUGGUGCAGGUUCUUACGGCGGUGGCUUUGGUGGUGCAUCGAGUAGUGGUUCAGCCGGUACCCUGGGAAGCCGCGUCGGCAGUGGCUUGGGAGCCGCCGUGGGCAGUGGCUUGGGAGCCGCCGUGGGCAGUGGCUUGGCCACUGGCGUGGGUACUGGCUUGGGCACUGGCGUGGGUGCUGGCUUGGGCACUGGCGUGGGAGCUGGCUUGGGCGCUGGCUUGGGCGCUGGCUUGGGUAGUGCUGCGGGUAGUGCCGUGGGUAGUGCCAUAGCCAACAGCAGAAGAGGCUCCUCAGCUACUUGGCCGAGUGGUGCAGCUUACUGGACAUAUACCUCGGGAGCCGGUAGUGAAGGUCUGGAAGGUCUAGGAGGUGUGUCUGGUGGUACUGGUCUCAAUAGAAGGUACUUGGGAGCUGGUAGUGAAGGCCGGGGAGGUGUGUCUGGUGGUACAGGAUAUCUUGGUGGUGGUGGCCUUGGAGCUGCCGGAGGAUCACGUGGAGGUAGUGCAGGAACUCUUGGCGGUGGCUUUGGAGGUGGCGUCGGAUCUCUUGGAGGUAGUGCAGGAUCUCUUGGUGGCAGCCUUGCAUCUGGCGGCGGAUCACUCGCAGGGACUGCAGGCUCUCUCGGCGGUAGCUUGAGUGGUCGUGGAGGAAGACUGCCCGGUUCGUCGGGAUCUUGGGGUUCUAUCGGAAGUACUCAUGGUGGUGGAUCAGGUGGAAGUUUAGGAACUGUUGGCGGUGUCCUUGGAGGUGGUGUCGGAUCUCUUGGAGGUGGUGUCGGAUCUCUUGGAGGUAGUGCAGUUUCUGGCAGCGGCAGUGGCCUCAGUGCCGGCGGUAUUACAGGCGGCGGCUACAGCGGUGGCUACAGCGGCGUAUCAUCAUCUUCUGGUUCAGUUUCUGGCAGUGGCACCUAUGGUUCCAGUUUAACAUCUGGUGGUUCGGGAGUUACCGGUCACAUCAGCAGCGGUGGACUGUCAGGAGGUUUAGGUGGCAACUUAGGAGCUGGUGGGGCAGGCAGUCGCUUAGGAGCUGGUGGUGCAGGGUCUGUUGCGGGUGGCCUUGGAGCAGGCGGCUUAUCAGUUGGAGGUGGUGCAAUUUCCACCAGCGGCGGCGUUGGCACGAGGGGCGGAAGACACCCGGGUUUGUCUGGUAGCAUAGGGCGUAUCGGCGUCCGCCUUCCAGGCAUGAGCGGAGAACUGCCAGGUGUGUCAGGUGGUUGGGGUGCUGCUGGAAGUGGCCUUGGAGGAGGUAGCCGAUUAGGAGGUGUUGUAUCCGGUGGUUCAGCUGUUGGCGGCGGUGGCCGCGGCGGCUAUGGCGUAGGAGGCGCAGCAGGAAGUGCUCUGUCGGGUGUUUCGGGUUCUGGCGGAGGAAGUGCAGGCAGUGGAGGAGGAUGGGGAUUGAGUGGAUCGGGUGGUUUAGGUUCGAGCGGUGGUCGCCAUGGCUCUGGGUCAAUUUCUGGCGGAUCAAUUUCUGGCGGCAUCGGCGGCAGUAGCGGCGGAUCGCUUUCUCAUGGCUUGGGUGGUGGCCGCGGCGGUGCUUCGUUGUCUGGUGUUUCAGGUGGUCUUGACGGCAGCUUUGGCGGAUCAGGGGGCACUGUAACGGGUGGUUCAAGUUCUUAUGGCAGUUCCUUGGGCGGAGGACGUGUGACCAUUGGUUCAGGAGGCGCCGGAGGCGGCUUUGGCGGAUCAAGGGUUACUGUGACGGGUGGUUCAAGUGCUGCUGGUGUUGGCUUGGGAGGAAGCAGCGGAUUAGGUGGUCGCUUGGGAGGAAUUGGCGGAUUAGGUGGUGGCAUUGGAGGAAGUGGUGGAUUAGGUGGUGCCUCUGGCGGUUCAGUUUCCGGCGGCCGUGUCUAUGGUGGUGGAGUAAGACCUGCGAUUGUUGUGUCGGGUGGUUCAGUAUCUACUGGUGGUGGCCUUGGAGCUGGCGGCGCAGGUUUGUCCGGGGGCGCAUACAGCGGAAGGGGCAGUGGAUCAGUUGGUGGCGGUGCCUGGCGUCCAGGUGUUGGCGGUCACAUCAGUGGCGGUGGAGUGUCAGGAGGUUUAGGUGGCAACUUAGGAGCUGGUGGUGCAGGCGCUCACUUAGGAGCUGGUGGUGCAGGCGCUCACUUAGGAGUUGGUGGUGCAGGCGCUCACUUAGGAGCUGGUGGUGCAGGCGCUCACUUAGGAGCUGGUGGUGCAGGCGCUCACUUAGGAGUUGGUGGUGCAGGCGGUCGCUUAGGAGCUGGUGGUGCAGGAUCUGUUGGUGGUGGCCUUGGAGCUGGCGGCGCAUCAGUUGGAGGUGGUGCUGGGCUCGGAGGGGGUCAAGGGGGUCGUUGGGUCAUCAUACGACCUGGUGGGAAUGGGACUUGGGGAACCACAGGGGGUCACUUGGGAACCGGGGGCGCAGGAGCGGCUGGUGGCGCCAUUGGAGCUGGCGUAGGAGGAAUCGCAGGAGGCACAGGGCUUGGAUUUGGUCAAGGGAGUCGUUGGAACACCACACGACUAGGAGGCCGCAAAUGCUCCAACUACCACGAGGUGUACUGGGGCAGCUCAAGCAAUUGUGGCGAGUGCGACUGCAAGCUCGUUAAAGCAGGGAAUUGGAGAGGGAAACCUAAGGCCUGUCUUAAAGACUUGAAGUACAAGUGUUGGUGCAGACCGCUUUACUGUCGCAAUGAGCUCGGCCAGUGUGUCCUCAGAAGGCAGUGUAAUCCACGAGCUGAGUAGAACGACAAUGAUAUCUUCCACGUCACCGAUAGUGUAUUAAAAGACUACUUGGCAGCAUUUACCCGAAA